AUGGCCAACUGGACCUCAAAGUUCAAUCCUCUUAGGCUUAAUUUCAAGUACCGUAAAUUCGCAAGUAUGGCAUCAGUACCAGCCGAAAAGGCUCCAAAAUCGAAGCUACAGUUCGCUUUAAAGACUCCAAAGGGAACGAAGGACUGGGCCGAUAAAGAUAUGGUGAUCAGAGAGAGAAUCUUCUCAACUCUAUCGUCAGUUUUCAAGCGUCACGGUGCUACCACGCUUGACACUCCAGUUUUUGAACUGCGAGACAUCUUGGCUGGGAAAUACGGCGAAGACUCCAAACUGAUCUACAAUUUGGAAGAUCAGGGUGGUGAACUUUGUUCGCUACGUUACGACUUGACCGUUCCAUUUGCAAGGUUUGUGGCCAUGAACAACAUCCAAAACAUCAAAAGAUACCACAUUGCCAAAGUGUAUAGGAGAGACCAGCCAGCUAUGACAAAAGGACGUAUGAGAGAGUUUUACCAAUGCGAUAUCGACAUUGCUGGUAAUUAUGAGAGCAUGAUUCCUGAUGCAGAGUGUUUCUCGAUCAUUGUGGAAGGUUUCAGUAGCCUGGGGAUCAAGGACUACAAGAUUAAGCUCAACCAUAGAAAAAUCUUGGACGGUAUCUUCCAAAUUGCUGGUGUCAAGGACGAAGACGUUAGAAAGAUCUCGUCUGCCGUUGACAAGCUCGACAAAGUCUCCUGGGAAGCCGUCAAGAAGGAAAUGGUGGUAGAAAAGGGCCAAACAGAAGCCACAGCUGACAGAAUUGGUGAAUACGUCAAACUCAACGGCUCAAUUCAAGAUGUGCAUGCUAAGUUGUCCCAGGAUGCCGACAUUACAUCCAAUGAAAGAGCUAAGGAGGGUUUGGAUGAGCUUGCCACUUUCAUCAAAUACGUGGAGGCUCUAGAAAUCGACUCUUACAUCUCAUUCGAUCUUUCUCUCGCAAGAGGUCUUGAUUACUACACCGGUAUAAUUUUCGAAGUUGUUACCGAGGCUUCAGCUCCUCCUAAAGAUGCCGAAGAGCUAAAGAAAAAGUCCAAGAGCGCAGAUGAUGCUUCUGAGUACGUUGGGGUUGGUUCCAUCGCUGCUGGUGGCCGUUACGACAAUCUAGUCAACAUGUUUGCCGAGGCUACUGGUAAAAAAUCCGGGCAAAUUCCUUGUGUUGGUUUCUCUUUUGGAAUAGAGAGAAUCUUCUCUCUCAUCAAACAAAGAGCCGAAAAGGCCGCUGCCAUCAGACCAACUGCCACUAAAGUGUACGUAAUGGCCUUUGGUGGUGGUAAAGACUGGACUGGGUACUUGCCGGAGAGAAUGCAAGUCGCCAAGCAGCUGUGGAAUGCUGGAAUUGAAACUGAAUACGUUUACAAAUCUAAAGCUAAUCCCAGAAAGCAAUUCGAUGCUGCCGACAAAUGUGGCUGUCCAUUGGCAGUCAUUCUCGGAAAGGAAGAAUACUUGGAUAACAAGCUGAGAGUGAAGAAAUUGGGCCCAGAGUUUGCUGAUGAUGAUGGCGACUUGAUUGAUGCCAAAGACUUGGUACCAGUCGUUAAGCAAAAGUUGUCUGAAAUCUACGAAGAUGGCGCUGACGAGGUCACAAAACUUUUCCAAAACUUGUAA